AUGAUCAUCGUGGACAUGAAGGUAAUGAGCUCAGGCGAAGGCUGCAGUAACUUGAUGAUGUUCCGCCAAGGGGAGACUGCGAAGGCGGUACGAGGCAAGAUCGACGAUAAUGUAGUGAACAUAUUUUACUGGCGCCUUAUCCGCCUCGAAGAGGCCAAGAGGCCACUUCGCAACCAAAGUGCCAAUGCGACGGAGUAUGAUGAGUCCGGCGCCGCAUCUCAUGCUUCGGCUGGCCACCUCUACGGUCAGCUACAGCAGCUAGACUCCUCAAAGGUCGUCCCAGAUGUCACAGCCUAUCCAUCCGCGAGUUCGGCCGUCUCAUUCCUAACAAAAAGACCCGGUGAAUUUCCACCGCGAUGUCGAACAGGCGGCCUCCUCACCGGGCAGCAUGGUCCAGGGCGAAUAUUCUGCUACUGCGACGCGCAGUAUCACCGUAUCGGAGUCAGCCUGCACCAGACCCCCGUCAACUGCCCCUUCACGGCCAAGUUCUAUUACCCCCUGAACUUCGAUGGCCCGAUGAGAGUUGACGCCAUUCACGGGGGCAACAAACAGCACGUCCCCAACAGCUUUGCGCACAAGUUCCGCACGGACGCGGUGAAGGUGCCCUACGUGGUCGGCAACAUCAUCAGCCGGAUGAGCCAUUUCUGA